AUGAGCAGCCACCUAGAGGAGAGGCUCCGGGAAGCUGCUGCUCUAGGCGACCUCGAGGAGGCGCAGGCGCUGCUCCGUCAGGGGGUGGCGGUGAAUGCUCAAAAUGAGAUCAAUGGCUGGACAUGUUUGCACUGGGCCUGCAAGCGUAACCACACUCAAAUAGUUGCGUACCUGCUGAACUGUGGAGCUGAUAAGGGGAUUUUUACAACUAAAAGAGAGCUGGCAGCACACUUGACUUCAAAAAAAGAAAUAAAAAAACUUCUUGGAGUGGAAGAUGAUGAUAAUAAAGAAUCAAGUGACUUAAAGCUACCAGUUAGGACAAACUAUCUCACCAGGGCAUCAUUUCCUUGCACUUGCAAUCAAGAAAGGGAUGACGUUCUUCAUACUUCUGCUCCACCCAAAGAAACUAACGCUGCCAUACCUCAUUUAUCUGCUGGUGAGCCUAGCCCUUCUUUAUCAACAAUUCAAGCAGAAAACCUUUGCAUACCCACUUCUUUGCACAAGGAAGCAGAACUCCUUGGGAAACCCCUUUGGGAUGGUGACCUCAUUUCACCCAUCGUUGCUGAAGGAUCGGAAGACAUAAAGUCUAGAGGUCAAAGCUGCCGUCCUGCAUAUUAUUCAUCUACACAUUGCAACAGAGAUCACUUGCCUUCAAGUCUAUCCAGACAACAUACACCUAACCAAACAAAUGGUGCCACAAUGGGUACAGGGCCAUCGUUACAGCCACUGCUUCUCACUGGAACUUUUCCAUAUAAUAUACAAGAAUUGGUGCUUAAAGUAAGGAUUCAAAACCCUAAAGAAAAUGACUUCAUUGAAAUUGAACUGGACAGGAAAAAACUGACUUACCAGGAUCUACUAAGGGUGUGUUGCUGUGAACUGGGAAUUAAUUCUGAACAAGUGGAGAAGAUUAGAAAAUUACCUGAUACAUUAUUAAGAAAGGAUAAAGAUGUGGCCAGGCUUCAGAAUUUUCAAGAGCUGGAGCUAGUUUUAGUGAGAAGCAUCACAUCUCCUUUCAGAAACGCUGCAGCAACAACACUGAAGGAAAGGUCUUGCUACAACACCAAAGCAGCCAAGCUGACAUACUGAAGUACAGGAUUGACAAGCAGGAUAGUGAAUAUUCUAUUUUAAGCUAUUAUUAAAGUUAAUUUUUAAAGUUUAUAUUAAAGUUUAUUAUAUUUUCAGUUAAGAGGCAGUAUUUUUUUUGUAUUUGUACUUAAUAUUGUUGGAGUUAGAACUAAAGUUCCUAAUUAAUUUAAGUACUCUAGAAGUCUUACGUAUAAUUUAUCCUAACUACCACAUAUACCCCCACCUGCAAACAUAAAACCUUGCUUUAUGACUAAAAUAAUCACAGCUAUUUCCUUAGCAGGUUCUUGUUCCUUCAGUCAAUUAGUCUGAUCCUGUUGGCAACAUGUUUAGUCCAUUAUACUUGGGAAAAGAUACCACAGAACAAAUAUUUGUUCUAGCAGUUACUGGUCCUUUUCAUUAAAAAUACUGUAAUGUUAAAAUAAUUUCAGUUUAAAUGCAUGUAAGACAGAUAAACAGAACAGAAAACAUAUUACAGUGGGGAAAUCUUUAGUACUGCUUACUUACUCUUCCUGAGAAAUUCAUAAAAUAUUACUUAUCUUUUCUCCAAUUUAAUAGUUCUGAUGAAACAGGAUGAAUGCUUUGUCUGUUAACUUCCAUCCCAUAAUAAAGUUGACUAUUUCAGAAUAUUAAAACUUUCUAGAUUUUGAUAUGGUUUGCUGUAUGGGAUUUAUGAUUGAAAUGAAGGCAUAGCAAUAAUUCAUAUAUGGUAAUGUUGCGCUCAUCUGCCAAAGUGUCCUAUUCUCAAUAGCUACAGUGAAAGAAAGAACACUCUGGUUUGCUCCCAAAUGUAACUACUUGUGGUUGAAUUCCUUUGGGCUGGGAUUGCUACCCAAUCAUUUUGCUAUGUAUGAGUCAAAAGAGUCACAAAAUUCAGCUUGUGUUUUUACUAGCUGUGUAUAUGGCUACUUCCAAAGUUAGGCAAGUAAACUCUGAUUUUAGAAUGGGACUUAUUUUCAUGUUUUUGCAUCCCCUGAAAAAAAUGCAUGCCCCAGAUUUGCUCCAAAGGGUUUCCCAACCCCAUGGGUAUGAACAGAAUAUGACUGGAUAGACAUUACUGAUAUAUAUGUUGCUCUUCAUGCAUGAUCACAUGCAGUCUAAAAAGAACACUUCUACAUACUGCCUACUUUUUGCUUGAACCUGGUUUCAUCAACAAAUACAGAGUCAGUCAAUUGCAUAAAUACCUAUUUAAUGUACUGACAUGUAGUUACGAAGUCUCUAUCAGCUUAGAACUCAGAUUAUAAAUACUGCCUUCCCCCAACUUGGGUAUUAAGUAAGAUUAGUUAGAGAGGCCUCAUUGUGGUCCACUGGUGGGUUGAUCUGCUGGUAGCCCAAGGGAUGCUUGGCAAUCUGUAUAAUUGUUGCUGUUUCAAGAAAAAGAAUCCUGAAGACACACAGUUAUAUGCAGGCAUUUGUAGGCUAAGGACUACUCUAGAACCAAAGUGUCUAUAAUUUUACUUUUCUAUUUUUUAAUGAAUGUUAAUUGCUGGGUUUUUGUUCAUAAGGAUUGAUGGCUUUAUGUAAAACUUUAAAA